AUGCCCAGAAAACCACCAUCGGUGCAAGGCUUUGACAGCCUCUCGGAGCAAGUCUUUGUCCGCGACGGAGACGCAGACGCCGUUGCCAAUGCCCAUGCCCAAACAGGCCCGGAUCUCGUCGUCAUCUACGGCUGGGGCGACUGUCUGCCGCAGCAUGUCGCCAAAUACGCCGACGGCUACCGCGCAAUGUUUCCUCGCGCGAAGCAAGUCGUGAUAUUAUCACCAAUUGCAAAAGCCUUGUUCACUAGCCGCGAGCAGAAACGCGGACACAUGACGCCGGUGGUCAAUCAUCUCUUCGGCUCGCCGGAUGCUGGGCGAGGUGCUGGCGCAGCGCAGAGCAACGACACUAUUCUGAUUCAUGCAAUGUCCAACACGGGAGCAAUCAACGCUGCCGCCACAUUCGACGUCUACUUUGAGAGAUUCCAAAGCGCCAUGCCCCAUAGCCUCUUCGUGAUGGACUCAACCCCCGGAGGCGCCGACUUUACGUGGGACAACUUGAAGCGAUGGUCACGCGCCAUGGCUCUCGGUACGGCAAAAUGGUUUCCUUGGCCGUUUGUCGCCACACAAUCCAUUUUUGCCCUUUUCCUGACGCUGAAUGCACUCCAGCUAUGGUUGCGACGACGACAGAAUGCUGGCGCAUGGAGUGGCGGAGCCGCGAAGCAGGAAAUGUUUGCGACGAAGCGCGCGCGUAGAUUGUUCAUGUACAGCAAGGAUGACGAUCUCAUUGGAUGGGAGGACAUUGUCACCUUUGCGCACGACUCUGAAAGAUUGGGUUAUGCCGUUGAUACGGAAGAGUUUCAUGGCAGUGGCCAUGUCGGCCACAUGCGCAUGCACCCGGACCAGUAUUGGGCGGCCAUUCAGCAAUCAUGGGCGCGGACCAAGACGACGAGUCUCGGUUUUGAAAAAGAGACGGCUGCAUAG